AUGGAAGAAGCACAAGAAAAAGAUAUGGAUGCUAUUGCUAGUUUUAAAAGUGGUAAAUCAUUAACAAUAACUAGACAACAAGAUAAUGUAUGUACACGAAAUCAAAUGAUUAAUUUACUUGCUUCAUCAAAUCGUUAUGGUUAUAUAUUUUAUGCUACGGAAAAUGAUGGUCUUGCAAUAAUAUCAUCAAAAUAUAUUGAUCAACAAUCAUCUUAUUUAAAUAAAUCAUCUGAUGAUGAUGAUGAUGAUGAUAAUGAAAAUCAAAAUCUUGAACAAAAUCCAAUUGUUUAUCGAUCAUAUAUGCCAUCUCAAAUGAUGAAUAAAAAUUCUUCAAUUAUUCCAUAUUGGUUAUCAUUAAAUUCAGAUGAUUCAAUUCUUGCUAUUAUUCUUUUACAAUUAAAUACAAAUUCAUGGUAUAUUAUUUUAUAUGAUGUUGUUAAAUUAAUUCAAAUGCCGGAAUCAAUACCAAUUUGUUCACCUAUUUAUUUAUCAAGUGAUUCUAUUGGUAAUACAAUUCAAUAUUUUACAUGGAAUCCAGCUAGUACAAAUUCAAAUAUGUUUGCUUAUAUUGAUGGAAAUGGAUCUGUUUCAACAUAUGAAAUUGAUCAAAAUUUAAAACAAUUAAAAAUAUUAGGCAAAUGUGAUGCAAAUGAUGAUAAUUCAUCAAUUUGUUGGAGUCCAAGAGGAAAACAAAUUGUUGUUGUUAAAUAUUCUGGUGCUUUAGAAUUAUAUGAACCAAAUAUGCUAUUAAAAAAACAAUAUCAAGCAGCUACGAUUAAUUCAACAUUUCCUCCAUGUAUUAGUGUACUUUGGCUUUCGACACAUCAAUUUUUACUUGGUUUUUCUGAAAAUAUUCCAGAUGAAAAUACAAAUGAAAAUUCAUUUUUUCAUAUUAUGGUUACUUAUGAUAAAGAUCAAAAUUCUAAAACACAAAUUUAUAAUGAUCUUUUUUUUGAUGCUUAUGAUACUUCAACGAAUAUUAAUCCACAAUAUUUCUAUGUACGACUAAAUGAAGGUAAAAUUAUCAUAUGUGGUCUUACGAAUUCAUUAAAAAUUAAUGUACUUGGUUCAGAUGAACUCAAUCAGGGGGGAACCAUGGCAUUCGCUUAUAAAAAUACUGUAUAG